AUGUCUGAAGUGGUCCGCGGGGAUUUUGACGAUGGUCGUUCAAAGUUUAAAUUGUUACCUUCACUCGGUUUCCCUAAACUUCGGAUGCUCGAGGAUAAAUCUUAUUCAAAUAUUGUUUCUUGGGGGCUAACUGGAGAUACCUUUGUCGUUCACGAUCCCACGGAAUUCGCCCGAACACUACUACCUCAACAUUUUAAGCACAACAACAUGGCAAGCUUUGUAAGGCAACUGAACAAGUACGAUUUUCACAAGAUAAAAAGUAACGACGAAGAGAUCAGACAAUAUGGCGAACAGGCAUGGGAGUUUCAACAUCCAAAAUUCCAACUUAAUCGUAGGGAUUUGCUAGAAGAAAUAAAGCGGAAAAUUCCCACCCCACGAAACAGGACGAAAACGGAUGAGCAACCGACCGAUGACUCGUCUCUUGACGAUGGUACAAGCAACGCCGAAAGUAUAACAAUCUUCAAUUCGCUACCUGCACUUCUGGACAAUGGCAAUCAGGAUCUACGAUCUCAGGUGGAACAUUUGACGGUGCUGCACACCGACUUGGCGGGUCAGAUGAACGUUUUAUCAAAUAAUUGCGGUACCAUCCUGGAAGAGAUUGUCACCUUUAGAAGAAAUCUUGCUGCGCAAGACAUCUUGUUAAACAAUUUGUAUCAAGUUUUGAUGACCAAGUUAAAUCAAGAACGAUUACAGAGCAGGCAAUAUCAAAGUAAUUCACCGUCACGUCACCCCUCAGUAUCUCCGGUGUCUUUAAACACUUCUCAUCAUGAAAAAAAUAGCAGAGGACACUCUAAAGGUGAUUUGUUAUGUUCAACGUCGCCUCACAGAAGCCUGGUCCCACCAAAUGUUGAAAAUGUAUUCAAUCACUUGACGAAUGUCAAAGGUCGAGUGCAACCGCCGUCCCCAUCUACGACGUCAUUGUUGACCACAAACCCAUUAUCUUCUUCAACAAUUCACCCAACGAUGAAUCUUUCCGAAGGUACUAGUGAUCGGCCAAUUCUGCCAUUAAACGGUUCCGUAAAUUACAAGCCUUCUAUAUCGAUUGACACGUCAAGUCGCGUGGAAAACACGAACUUAACUAUUAAUUAUAAUCUACAAUCCGUGACGAUGGCAGCAUCGUCAAUAAGUUCUGAAAUGCCCGCAACAUUUUCACAUCAAUUUUCUUCUUCAACAGAAACCUUUGAUCAAUCCCACAUAAAUGCAACUAACGUCAGUAAUGGAUCUCCAUACAAUCUAAGCCAAAUUCAAUUAUCACAAUACUCGAACACUUCACCGCCGACACCGCAGACGAUGUCCGUUGCCAAUCAAGUCUACUAUCGUUCUCGGUCCCCUUUGUCAGCGCCAAAAUGGACCGUCCAACAAAAAAUUUUGGUAGCGGAUGACGAAAUGUCCAUUAGAGAAUGUGACCCCGUCGUUGGUGGAAUUACUGCGGUGAAUAAAGAAUGGUGA